ACUCAGAAAUUUUAAGGUGACGUUGGCCAUACUGAACAUAUCAACAUUGAGAUAUGUUAAAAAGAAAAUGGAUAUCAAGAUCAUGUGCAUAUACAUCACAGUACUUUUGCAAAAGAGUUUUAUAGUUUUUGGGAGUCGGUGUGCAAUUUCCGAAGAAACAAAGACGAUUGUUAAUUCCUGUCCUUCAAAUAAAAGAGAGCUCGAAAAGUCGGAGGGAAAAAUGAAUUGCUGGAAAUAUAGAGAAAACAACACAUGUAGCAAAGAUAUUCCCGACAAUAUGUUUUACCAUUGCUUAAUAAAUGAAUUUGGGAACAAAACCAUCGAAGUUUGUGCACCAAGAAUUAGAAUCUUAGGAUUUUGUGCCGAGUUUAAUGAAGAGGCUGGAGUGAUCCAAGAAAAUCUUUUUCUGGGAUGUACCACAUUUAAAAGCAACCCGUGUAAGAAAAACUACUAUUCCAAUGAAGCCUUCAUGUACGAAGACUGUUAUAACUAUACAAAGAAUGCAAAAAUCUUUGAGACAGGAAAACAAAUUUUAAGUGUGUCACUGUCACCCUACACCAUUCCGGGAACCGCAAAAACUUUGUUUGACAAGCGUGUGUCGAAUCUAUAUGUAGUGAGCUUGGUUGAAACCAUUGUUGGUGACGUUGUGAUCAUGAUUACCAUUGUAACUGCCGUGUCUUUCAUGUAUUGUAAAUUGGACAGAAAAUUGAAUGAAAGGAAAACAAAGGAUAAAAACUACAAAUGUUACUGCAAUUCAUGCCAGGUACCAGACGAGGCUUUGAAGUUGAAGAAUAUUCAGAAGCUAGAAAAGGAUACCGGGGAAAAGGAAAACACUCUCUUUUUGAAACAGUCGACAGGUCUCUAGACAAACGUCUAAUUUGUUUUUUUUUUUAUGUAUGACAAACUCACUUGCUUAAGGAAAAAAAGGAUACAGACAUAGAAAUCAUUUGUAGAUUGUAAAAUGAUUAUUUAUGAUAUAUGCAAUUUCAUAAUAUGCAAUACUUAGGACAAUCCAUUGAUGGUAAGAAAUAAACGUUCAACUUAUUUAAAUAAUAUUUUUUUUUCAGAU